AUCCCAAAUUUUCAAAUACGCGAUACCUUCCAGUAGAAUCCCUAGAUAUUCCGGCGACAGGCGACGGCGCAACUGCAAUGUGGUCAGCUUUACGCGGCGGAGCCCUAUCAUCUUCGCAUUCCGCCAUUUCUCACCACUUGAAAAACCUAGCCUCUUCCACUCCCAUUUUCAGCCAUAAUUUUUCUUCAUCCGCCCUCAGCAGCGUCGAGAAGAACAAGGAGCUGUUGAGCUUGGCAGAAGUUGAGAAAAUACUCCAAGACGUCAGAGCGGAUGAUGUCACGGUUAUUCCGGCGCCAAAAGGCUCUGAAUUCGCCGAUUACAUGGUUAUCGCCACCGGUCGAUCCCCGUGGCACGUCCGCAAUAUCUCCCAAGCCCUAAUUUACCAGGUUAAGCAAAAGCAGCGAGGAGCAAAGAGGGUCUUGCUGCCUAGUGUGGUAGGGCAGGAGGGAGGAAAAUGGAUUGUUAUCGACUCUGGUAAGCUAAUUGUUCAUGCUGUCGAUGAGAAAGCAAGAUCUUAUUACAACUUCGAGGGGCUCUGGGCUGCAAAACCAUCGAACGUAGAGGAUUGUCAGGAUUUGGAGAAGGCUUUCGUCAAGGUUCGCCCCAAGAAUAACUCCAAGAAACGCCCACAAGUGCGUGCAGCAUAGUUAAAUGUUGUACUUAUGGGACGAACAUUACAAGUUUUCGUUACUCUCGUCUUUGAGAGCAUAAAUCAUAAGCUCAGUUUGGAUACGCUAGAACGAAUCAUAUAUCAUAAGUUCAGUUUGAUGAA